AUGUCGGGAAAGUUUGCUGGCAUUGCUGAAUUAUUAAAGUCACAACAAUUUCACUGGCUAAUUUAUAUCCAUUGUACAGCACACUGUCUAAAUCUCAUGGUGAAUGAUUUGAUUAAAGAUUCCAACUUGGCCGUUGACAUCAUGAAAACACUCAACUCUCUAUAUUCGUUUCUCGACAUACCUAAAGUAAGACUGGCCUAUGAAGCGGUGCAUCAAGAGCUUUUUCCCAAAAGUCAGAUAAAGCACUUAGUACAACAAAUAGAGAUCAGAUGGGGUUGUAAAUUUGAAGCCAUAGAUCUAAUGACUGAUAAACCUCAAGUAAUUUUGGCUACCCUCGUUAAAGUCGCCAAAAGUCCAGAUGUUCGUGACUCAAAGCAUGUUGAACAAGUCAGUGUAUUUUACCACAAACUGAUCUCAGGAAAGUAUAUUAUAGCUCUCAUUACAUUGAGAGCAUAUCUGGUAGAAAUGUUCUACUUGUCAAAAUAA